GACUGCAGACCUCCACCAGCUGACCUCAGCCUGCCACCAACGUCCAGGUGUCUAAUUAAAGGUGAGUGAAUGCUUCACUGACCGGCGUCUCCUCUGCAGUGCCUUCAUCACUCCUCCUCCUCCUCCUCCUCAUGCAGCCUGGGAGAUCAGCUGAUGUGCGGCUCUGCUUGCUGGCAAGCCGCUGGCUGCCUGCAGCUCUGGCUCUGCUGUUGCUCCUCUCCUGCAGCUUCAGCCGCGCUUACAGCUCCACGCUGGAGCACGACUUCCAGAUUGUGCACAAUGUCGACAACAGAAGUCCAGAGAUUGACCCCUUCUGGUACGUGGGCCGUGGGGUGAGACCCAUUGGGCGCUUUGGGAAGAGGCACAGCAGCCUACAGGGCACCGGGGGGGUGCAGCCGGUCCUCAGGACGUUAGGCCUGCUGCUGCACAGCCUCAGGAACAAGCAGAGCCUGGAGGAGGCACUGCAGGGCGAGGACAGGGACUGGUUGCCAUGACAGAGACUCCUCUUCAUCCACAAACUCUUCAUUUUUAUCUGU